UGUGGCGCCCUUGGAGGAGGAGAAGGAGGGGUAAUUGGGCAAUCUACUAAGUGAAGGAGAGAAACAAAGAAGAUGGGGGCAGUGAGAAACACCAUCUUGGGUCUGGCUGUCGUAGUCACCGGCUGGUCUAUCAUCCUGGGAACUCUGAAGGUUGCAGAUCUGACCGUCGCUUCCCCCGAAACUGACGUCUACUAUAGCUUCCCGCUUCGCUGGCGGGGGAUUGGUCUCGAGGACUUCCCGACCGAUGCUCUCGAUAUGGCGGCGGCGAAGGCAUUCGACGGUCAAGAAACUACGGAAGAAAUGGUCAACGGUCAAACUUCUAAUCGCACGCGGAGUGCUGUGAACGACGGGCGGAUCAACGGUCAAACUACGGGCGACAAAGUCAACGGCAGUAGUAGUGGCAGUGCCGCUGUCGGAGUCUUAGUAGCCACGACAGCAGCGGCUGAGCGGCGGCGCGGCGGCGCAGCGGCAGAUACCCCGCCGCACCGCCGACGCACAGAUGCAGUCAUCAGACAGAAGAAGGAAGGAGAUUCUGGUCUGCCGGUGCAGGAGGUGAUCAGUAUGCCAUUGCUAUUGACGGCAAUAACAACGGCUGAGGGGGGGGGCUUCCCCUCGUUACCCUUUUCUUCACUCUCGCAAGCUCGUGUCUCCUCUGCCGAGCAAAGCCGUGUGGUUGGUCAACGACUCGGUGAUCGUGACGGAGGUAAUAAUACCGUUGCCGUUGCCGUUGCCGUUGCCGUUGACGUUGAAGUUGACGUCAACGGCUCAGCAAAAGCAAAAACCAGCAAAGUGGUGGCCGAGGAGCAAUCAGCGGGAGCAAAUGGGCGGCAGCGGCGGGUGGGUCGCGGAGAGGGAGCCCUGUUGACGUCAACGCACGGUGCAGUCGAUCAAGCAGAGAACAGGGGCAUCGUUAUCGCGAAGCCCAGCGGUGGCGCUGCAGGCCGCGGGAGUAAGGGAGACCUGGAGGAGGAGGGGGAGGAGGAGGGGGAGGAGGAAGGGGAGGAUGAGGAAGAGGAGGAGGAGGAGGGUGAAGCUAUCACCCUCGGGAAUGAGACAAAAACCUCGGUGGUGAUCAACGCGCAUGCUCGUGAUGGUCCUGUGGUCGUCGGCGAAGUGGUGAGGAACGAGCGGCCUCGAGAAGAUGGCGAUGGAGAUGGAAAAAUUGUUUACACUGUUGGCGGGGAGCUUCGACUUGAGGAUGGUAGUAGUAACAGGAUGCGCGAGGAAGUUGAGCGCAAAGUUGGGAGACGGAAGGUAGAUGGUAGCACAGGGUUGGGCGGCAAUGGAGGAGGAGGUCUCGGAGGAGACAAGAUGAGGGAGGCACUGGCCAAGCCACCGAGGGGAAGGCGUUUCUCUGACUGGUGGGAGGAGGAUUCGAGGCGUCAAAAGCGAAGCGGUGAAUUGAGAUUCAAAAGGGAGGAGGUGGAGGGGGUUGAGGGGGUGAAGGAGGGUGUCGAGGUGGCGCAGGAGGAGAAAGAAGGAGAAGAGAGAGAGCGAAGGAUGCAGGAGAGCGAGGAGGGAGAGGAGGAGAAGAGGGAGGAGGAGGAGGAGGACGACGACGUGAAGGAGGCAGAGGAGAAGGAGGAGGGUCAGGGGCAGAGGCCACAAAAAGAGGACAACAAUCGGAAUGGAACGCAAGAGAAUAGGGAGCCGCCCAGAGCGCAGGUGGAUGUGAAACAGCCCUCAGUGCUCACAGGAGGAGAGAGUAGGAGCGGCAUGCGUCUCAACCUGUCAGCUGACCAGGGAACCCCGGCACAAGGGGAUGGCACCUGCUACGUAGAGCGCAAGGGAUGGAGAGGGAAGAACGUGAGGAUUCGAACAGACUGCUUGCCGCACGGUUUCUGCCAUCAAGGUUCUUGCCACUGUGUGCAGGCCUACAAGGGAGAGGAUUGCAUGACACCGCGCAAGUUUCCCCUGAAGAUGAGUAGCGAGUACAAUGGUCGGCUGAUAUUAAGCCAGGAGCAUGUGUUAGAAAAGAAGGGUGUGAACUUCCGGGCCAAUCGCAAGAAGAGUGGAGUUGUUGAGCGAGUGUUUGCAAAGCUGCAACAGGCUGCAGAUAUGGAGGAAGAGGAGGACAAAGGAGUCAAGCAGGUGAACCAAACCCAAUCCUUCGGUCACAGUGAGAACAAUUCAACGAUUGGCAAGAGGAGGCAUGCAAUCACACGGGAGCUCAUGCAGCUUUUGCCGGAAGUCGACCCCUUGAGAAAUGUGGUGUUCAAUACGUGUGCAGUUGUUGGAAACUCAGGGCUGUCAUUACUCUACAGAGAAGGGCGGAAUAUUGAUAAACAUGACAUGGUCAUCAGAUUCAACAAGGCUCCGACAAGGGGCGUGUACAAGCAAUUCGUGGGGAGCAAGACGACAUUUCGCUUUGUAAAUUCACAACAUAUUGGGUGGCAUGAAGAUGGAGAGGUUCGCCUUCAGCAACUUCAAAGCCAAGCAGGAUUGAUGAAGCACUUUAAGUAUGUCUACAGGCACCGCCAUGUGAAGCUGUUCCUCUUUGAUACAGAUUUUACAUCCUAUGUCUCGUCGAAAGUGAAUCUGCUCGCAACAGGAGGGUUCUUUGGAGUGAUGAUGGCAUUACAGAAAUGUGCCCGGGUUGACUUGUAUGGUUUCUACAGUCGAUGGUACACUGUUCCACAUCAUUAUUUCAAUCACGAAGUUCCUCGCUCAGGGAAGCGAAGCGUACAUGACUAUGAUCUGGAGGCCACCAAGCUCAAGGCACUUGCGCGAGAAGGGCUCAUCAACCUGAUGCAGCCAUGUGCAGUGGAGGAAUUUUCAGAAUAUGCAGCAUUCAGAUAUGCAGAAAAGAAGAGGGCAAGAGAUCAAGGCACAAAAGACAAAGACAAGACCAUUCCCACAACCAAGGAUAACUUCCAGGACCUGCGUCCCAAGGCAAGAAAAACAGGCAAAAAUCAGAAAAGAAAGGACGCCAGCAACAAUCAAAUGGAGGUGGAAGAGAAAUCUGAGCGGGACCUGUUGGAAAAAGAAGUUGCAGUGGUGCUGUCUCAAACUGAAAAGUUGAAGAAGUGGAACAGAGAAUAUGCACCAGAAUUCACAACCAUCUCACAGAUUGCAAAUGGCAAAGCCCCAAUGGUGGUGGAAUCGGCUAAAGCAGCCCGAAGGACGCUGAGAAACAUCAAACCACUGAUCGCAGCCAGAUACGAGCCAAAUGCGAAGGAGUGGCAAAUCGCAACUGACAUAGCGUUCCAUAUUCCCCAUUUUGUGGAAGGGGAGAACGUGGUCAAGUCGCUCAAAAGACAGGUGUCUCUAGAAACCCCAUUGGGACUGUUUGAGACGAUUGCGAUUCAGACAAACCGGGACGAGUCCUGCUCCCAAGAGGGCGAAGGAAGCACUCACAAUGGAAAGGGAGAUUCAAGCAGGAACUCCCCAAGAGCCUUCUCCCCCUUGAUAGCCAAGAUGCCAGAUUCUACGCAGCUAGGAUCAGGGAUGCUAUGGAGACCCUGGCGAACAGUGACUGAAGUCCCAUACAGCAUCCUCGCAGGUGUUGGAGUGUCGGCAGAAUUGAUGGCCUCAGCGCUGGCAUACAUCGUAGAAACAGGCCAGCUAGAAGGAAACGAAGACCUGGACGCGAGAGCUUAUGCUGUGGACAGUGAAAGAUUCUAUAAGAGUGAUGCUUCAGAUGGCGAGUCAUGGGACGGGGAUGAUGAAAGAGAAAAGUUGGAUCAGCUGAAAGAUCUGGACAAAGUCGAGAAUGGCCAAAUGGAGUCUGAGGGGACAGAAGGAACAGACUCAGAGAAGGUGGUUUCGGUGGGAGUUUCUGACACCCUGCCCAGGGAGGUCAAUGGACAGAUCACCAUCCCAAUAGACAGAGUGGAGGAUACGACGAAGGAUAACCUAAGCCCUCUGUAAACCAGGUAACUCCCUAAUCCACCCUAACAGUAUCCAUGGAGAACUAUAGGAGAAGAGCGAAUGAGACGGGAAACCAAAUUAAUUGGAGAAACCAAGGUCUUACUCUUAGGAGCUGGAAUGUCAAUGGUCUAGGGAACAUAAUGGAAAGAGAGGAAAAAUGGAACGACCUAUGGUCAGGACUGUCACUGAAAAACAAAAAGGCAGCGGACAGAGUGAUGCUCCAGGAAACUCAUCUCACUCUUUCAGCGGACCAUAACAGAAUUCGCUCCUUUAUCGCCAGAAAGCUUGGUGGUCUGAGGGAUGAAAUAUGGGCGGCUGAUCCUGACUCCAGCACCAAGGGAACAACCAUAACAGAGGAUUCGUGAAAACCAAAGAAAACAAAAUCUCUGGUUUGCACGAAAUAUUAGCAUAAUUCAAGAAAAGUCUUUUUUCGAGGGCGUUCGGUACACUGUCAUUCGGCGUGAAGGAGAAGGUACCAGAAACACAAAAAACAAACACGAUUAGCAAAAGUGGGAUCCGGGGCUUGUAGUUUCGUAACAAAAUAGCAAAAAAUAA